AUGUAUCUUCCGGAGGAGUUGCUAGUGGAGAUACUCCCUUGGGUUCCGGCGGCAUCUCUGGCAAGAUUCCGAUGUACAGCCAAAAGAUGGAACGCACUGAUAAAAAGUAAGAGAUUUGCUGAGAAGCACUCUGCUUAUGCACCAAGGCAGUCGUCUCUGGUUAUCAUGUUGAUUGAUUCUAGGGCUUUCUAUACAGCGAGCUUCGACUUCCAUGGAAAUCACGACAAUGUUGUAAAGGUAAGAGGCCAACUAAACCUCAAAGAUCCCCUUUCCAAAUCUUCGGAAGAAGUCUAUAUAAGUGACGAUGUCUUUCACUGCGACGGCUUGUUGCUGUGCACCAGUACCACCAAGGGCAGUAGACGACAACUGGUUUGGAAUCCGUGCUCAGGUGAAACCAGGUGGAUGGUCGCACCCAAACCUACAUAUUCCUCAGUCAAUUACUUUGCUCUUGGUAAAUCCUCUUGCAACAAGUACAAAGUCUUGAGGGUGGGUCAAUAUGGAAAUGGUCAUUACCAGUGUGGAGUUGAGUAUGAAAUAUAUGACUUCACCUCUAAUUCGUGGAGAAGUGUUGGUAACACUAACGACUGGUCCAUUCCAGGGAUAUGGGGUCGUGGCGUGUCUGUGAAUGGAAAUACUUACUGGCUUGCUUUUAGUUAUAGUGAAAAAUCGCCAAACGCGAAAGAAAUCAUACUAAGUUUUGAUUUUUCAACAGAGAGUUUUGGGAUUGUGUCUCUUCCGUUUGAUCUUUCUCAUGAUCGUGUUAUGGCUUUAUCAGUGACUAGAGAAGAGCAGAAACUUUGUCUUUUAGCUUCGCCUUUGUCAACUAAGGGAUUCAAAAUAGAUUUAUGGAUGGCAACUAAGAUUGAGAGUAGCGGAGCCACGUCAUGGAGCAAGUUCCUGACAGUGGAACGAGACAAAAGCCACGAGUUUUUUACGUCUUGUAAUGGCAUGAGUUUCUUGGACGACCGGGAGAAAGGAGUUUUGGUGUGUCCCGGUAAACAAGGGAACUCUAAAAGCUUCUUACACAUUGUGGGAGAGGACAAAUACAUACAAGUGGAUCAUCAUGAUGCAGGAUCUAAGUGCUCGCUUCUCAUCAGCUAUGUUCCAACUUUGGUUCGAAUCCAAUAA